AUGUACCUUAUUGGUGAUGCAAAACUCUGGUGGCGGACUCGCAUGGUAGAUGAUGCAAAUGCGGGUCGACAGAAGAUUGAUAUGUGGGAUCGGUUGAAGAAGGAAAUGAAGGACCAAUUCCUUCCAGGCAACACUUCCUGGAUUGCGCGUGAUGGCUUGAAACGUCUCAAAUGGAGCGGUUCUAUGCGAGACUAUGUCAAAGAAUUUAGUUCUUUGAUGCUGGACAUUCAGAAUAUGUUCGAGGAGGACCAGUUGUAUAACUUCUUGUAUGGUUUGCAGACUUGGGCGCAGGUUGAACUUCAUAGGCAAAACGUGAAGGAUUUACCUUGUGCAAUUGUUGCUGCUGAUGCCUUGGUGGACCUUCGCACGAGCAAAGAAAAUCUGAACACUUCUUCAUCUUCUAAGUCCAAUUUUAUCCGCAAGGAUAAGAAAGGAGAUUGGAAGAAGGAAGUCAAGAAGGAUGCCAAAAAGAAGGAUUCAGGGAACAACCAUGGCAAAGGAAAAACGAAACAUUCGACUGCCCGAGGGAAAGACAACUUGAAGAAUCAUGGUUGUUUCUUAUGCAAUGACCCUCAUUUUGCCAAGGAUUGUCCGAAACGCGAGAAGCUAAAUGCCCUCCUAUUGGAAGACAUGAUGCGGGCUCAUUCUCUACGCCUGCAUAUUUUUGUGAUGAUGAAUGGGAAAAGUGCAAAUGCUAUGGUAGAUAUAGGGGCUACUCAUACCUUUGUAUCUGCCAAAUUGGUGCAAGACUAUGGGAUGUCAAUAUGCGAAUGCCCAAGAUACAUCAAGUCAGUGAAUGCCAAGGCGCAAGUAGUUGUGGGUAUGACUUACAAUGUACCUUUGACUGUUGGAACUUGGGUGGGAAAAGCAAAUAUGAUGGUAAUUCGGAAGACGAAGAUGGUGCCUAUGCCUCACUUGGAUAGAGUGAUGGGCGAAUCAACUUAUUUGGCUACCUUGAUCGAUGCAAAACCAGCCCAGAAUAUUGAAUUACUAGUUGGUGUUCAAGACAUUCUGUCAAAAUUUAAAGAUGUGAUGCCUUCGGAGUUGCCGAAAUGCUUACCACCAAGGAGGAAUAUCGACCACAAAAUCGAAUUAAUCCCUGGUGUUGUCCCUCCUGUAACUUUGCUAUACCGCAUGUUUCUCUUGGAACUUGCGGAAUUACGUAAGCAAUUGAAUAAAUUGUUGAAGGUAGGAUAUGUGCGACCAUCAAAGGCUCCUUUUGGUGCACCGGUGUCGUUCCAAAAGAAAAAAGAUGGUGGCUUGAGAAUGUAUGUGGACUACAGGGCUCUGAACAAAGUGACGGUGAAAAAUAAGUACCCUGUUCCACUGGUGCAAGAUUUGCUGGACAGGCUGAGCAAGGCAUCAUGGUUUUCAAAACUCGACUUGCGAUCGGGUUUUUGGCAAGUCAGAAUUGUAGAAGGAGACGAGGCCAAGACAACAUGCGUAACUCGUUAUGACUCUUAUGAGUUUAUGGUCAUGCCCUUUGGCUUGACAAAUGCCCCUACCACCUUGUGCAAUUUGAUGAACGAGGUGUUGUACGACUUCCUUGACAACUUUGUUGUAGUUUACUGGGAUGAUAUUAUUAUCUACAGCAAGUCAUUAGAAGAGCACUUGGAGCACUUGGGGAUGGUGCUCGAUCGGCUAAGGAAGCAUCAACUCUUUGUAAAGAAAGAGAAGUGCGAAUUUGCUAGCCAAGAAGUCAUGUUCUUAGGACACAUGGUCAUCAAUUGCCAUGUGCGGAUGGAUCCAAAGAAGGUGCUCGCCAUUGUUGAGUGGCAACAUCCUUCAACUAUCCCAGAACUACGUUCAUUCUUGGGCAUGGCAAACUACUACCACAAAUUUAUCGUUGGAUACUCAAAGAAGGUUGCCCCAUUGACAGACCUAUUAAAGAAGAACGUGCGGUGGGAAUGGUCAGAUGCAUGCAAGGAUACGGUGGGAAAGAGUUGUUGA